AUGGAACAAACUAGGAGUUAUGAAGAUUUCUCUCUAUCUACAGAUAACGAAAUAGUUUCCAGUUUACCACUGCAGAUGUCCCUUUAUUUCAACGUUUAUUUUUUCCCAUUUUGGUGGCUCAGCACAGUUGUCACGCUCCAUCUGAAGUAUUCCGUCUUGUCAGAUUACUACAAGUUCAUCCUGGUCACAAUCAUGAUCCUAACCUCUCUAAUAGAGGUCAUUCGACUCUAUCUGGGAUACAUGGGCAAUCUGCAGGAGAAGGUCCCUGAGCUGGCUGGGUUUUGGCUCCUGAGUCUCCUCCUGCAGUUGCCUAUAAUUCUCUUCUUGCUAUUUAAUGAAGGUCUGAAAAUUCAGCCACUGGAGCGAGCGGUCCAUAUUGUCUUUGCCUUCUUCCUCACUUUCCAAGUCAUUGCAGCCUUUGUCACUCUGAAACGAAUGGUAAACAAAUUGGCAACUCACUUCCGCCUUAAUGAAUUUGACCAGCUGGAGGAACAUUCUGUGCCUGAUUUUUACAGCCUGGGUAAAGAAGAGAGGGCAGUUUCCAUGGCUGGUAGGGGCCCAUGCUGA